AACUUGAUUAAAUGGAAUUACGCAACCAAUGGCAUUGCUGACUGACCGCGAGCUUUUGAGCAGCACGUGCUAAGAGAUGCCUAUGACGACGACCGUGCAUACUGCGUACAGCCUGUGCUGACUACUAAACAGCCUUUUAAGACCCUGCCGUUUAACCCAACAAAGCUUCACCCUUUACCUUGGUUUAGUUUAGCAGCUUUUGGCAGCCAUGGCAUCCUGUUCAUUGUUCCUUUCCAAACCCAAAAUCGUAUCAUUUCAUCACAAGAAUCAUCGCAUGAUACGCCGUCCUUCCACUUUAAUUUCCUGCACCUCGUCCGCAUCCAAUCCCUCCUCCACUACAAAUAGCUCCAACAACGACUCUCCUCUUUCACCGGCGCUUUCCAAGACCCGUCGCGCCGCCGAUGAGAACAUCCGUGACGAGGCGCGCCGAAACCGCCCUUCAUCAAACAACUCUUUCUCCGCCAUAUACGUCCCGUUCAACGCGGGCCCCGACUCGCCCGAGAGCUACUCGCUCGACGAGAUUGUGUACCGGAGCCGUUCCGGUGGCCUACUCGAUGUCCAGCACGACAUGGAAGCUUUAAUGAAGUACGACGGCGCCUACUGGAGAGACCUCUUCGAUUCGCGCGUGGGGAAGACCACGUGGCCGUACGGGUCGGGCGUGUGGAGCAAGAAAGAGUGGGUCCUACCCGAAAUCGACCUGGAUGACAUUGUCUCGGCGUUUGAAGGGAACUCGAAUCUGUUCUGGGCGGAGCGUUUUGGCAAACAGUUUCUAGGCAUGAACGACUUAUGGGUAAAACAUUGCGGCAUUAGCCACACGGGGAGUUUCAAAGAUUUAGGGAUGACCGUUUUGGUCAGUCAAGUGAACAGACUUCGGAAAAUGAAACGACCUGUCGUCGGAGUGGGCUGCGCUUCCACGGGAGACACUUCAGCUGCUCUCUCCGCAUACUGUGCUUCGGCAGGUAUUCCUUCUAUUGUAUUUUUACCUGCAAAUAAGAUUUCGAUAGCGCAAUUGGUUCAACCAAUCGCAAAUGGAGCAUUCGUGUUGAGUAUUGAUACUGAUUUUGAUGGUUGCAUGAAACUGAUUCGAGAAGUUACAGCUGAACUGCCGAUAUACUUGGCAAAUUCAUUGAAUAGUUUAAGGCUUGAAGGUCAAAAAACUGCUGCAAUAGAAAUAUUGCAGCAGUUUGAUUGGCAAGUGCCUGAUUGGGUAAUUGUACCCGGCGGCAAUUUAGGUAAUAUCUAUGCAUUUUAUAAAGGUUUCAAAAUGUGCUAUGAUUUAGGGCUUGUAGAUAGAAUGCCAAGGCUUGUUUGUGCACAGGCAACCAGUGCGAAUCCUCUCUACUUAUAUUACAAGUCGGGUUGGAAGGAUUUUAAGCCUGUGAAAGCAAAUACCACAUUUGCAUCAGCUAUUCAGAUAGGUGAUCCAGUGUCCAUAGAUAGAGCAGUUUAUGCUCUGAAAAAUUGUAAUGGGAUUGUAGAGGAAGCCACUGAGGAGGAGUUGAUGGAUGCAAUGGCGCAAGCUGAUUCUACUGGGAUGUUUAUAUGCCCACAUACUGGGGUGGCUUUAACAGCCUUGAUUAAGCUUAGGAGUAGUGGAGUUAUUGGCCCAACUGAUCGGACGGUGGUGGUUAGUACAGCUCAUGGGUUGAAGUUUACCCAAAGCAAAGUUGAAUAUCAUUCAAAGGAGAUCAAGGAUAUGAGUUGCAGGUUUGCAAAUCCUCCUGUGCAAGUGAAGGCAGAUUUCGGGGCUGUAAUGGAUGUAUUGAAAAACUACUUGGGAAAUAAUGCUUCAAAGUAAUAGCCUAAUAGGUGUGUUCUAAAUUUCUGUUUGGUUUAAAUUUUGUUGAUGGAUGUUGUAGUACUAGUACUAGAUUGGUUAUGUAGGACUGGGUGAGUAGAAAUCAUCCUUUUUUUUUUCCUUUUUGGAAUCAUAACUUACUUUUUUCUGGAUGGAUGAAUAGUGGCUUAUUCUUUCUGUUCUGCAUUAUGAAUAAAAGCUCACAUAUUUUGUUUGCCGCA